UAAUUGAAUCUACUUUGUGAAAUGUGUUCUAAUAGCUCUCUCUCUCUCUCUUUUAGGUUAUCUUGAAUACCACAUGCCUAACUAUUUUUCUUGCAACGUUAGCUGUUGUUUUUCACUGCCUCCAAAAGAUCAAAAUUGUUCCAGAAACUGGAGACGUAUUUGAUUUAAAAGAAAUAACUUUAACAGAUGGACAAUAUGUCUAUUACGAAUACACCAACAAGUAAUGAUGCCUGUCUGAGCAUUGUACAUAGUUUGAUGUGCCAUAGACAAGGUGGAGAGAGUGAAACAUUUGCAAAAAGAGCAAUUGAAAGUUUGGUAAAGAAGCUGAAGGAGAAAAAGGAUGAAUUGGAUUCUUUAAUAACAGCUAUAACUACAAAUGGAGCGCAUCCUAGCAAAUGUGUUACCAUACAGAGAACACUGGAUGGAAGGCUUCAGGUGGCUGGUCGGAAAGGAUUUCCUCAUGUGAUAUAUGCCCGUCUCUGGAGGUGGCCUGAUCUUCACAAAAAUGAACUAAAACAUGUUAAAUAUUGUCAGUAUGCAUUUGACUUAAAAUGUGACAGUGUCUGUGUGAAUCCUUAUCACUAUGAACGAGUUGUAUCACCUGGAAUUGAUCUCUCAGGAUUAACACUGCAGAGUAAUGCUCCACCAAGUAUGUUGGUGAAGGACGAAUAUGUUCAUGACUUUGAGGGACAGCCAUCGUUACCCACUGAAGGACAUUCAAUUCAAACCAUCCAGCAUCCACCAAGUAAUCGUGCAUCAGCGGAGACAUACAGCACUCCAGCUCUUUUAGCCUCAUCUGAGUCUAAUGCUACGAGCACCACCAACUUUCCCAACAUUCCUGUGGCUUCCACAAGUCAGCCUGCCAGUAUACUGGCAGGCAGCCAUAGUGAAGGACUGUUGCAGAUAGCUUCAGGGCCUCAGCCAGGACAGCAGCAGAAUGGAUUUACUGGUCAGCCAGCUACUUACCAUCAUAACAGCACUACCACCUGGACUGGAAGUAGAACCGCACCAUACACACCUAAUUUGCCUCACCACCAAAAUGGCCAUCUUCAGCACCACCCGCCUAUGCCGCCCCAUCCCGGACAUUACUGGCCAGUUCACAAUGAGCUUGCAUUCCAGCCUCCCAUUUCCAAUCAUCCUGCUCCUGAGUAUUGGUGUUCCAUCGCUUACUUUGAAAUGGAUGUUCAGGUAGGAGAGACAUUUAAGGUUCCUUCAAGCUGCCCUAUUGUUACUGUUGAUGGAUACGUGGACCCAUCUGGAGGAGAUCGCUUUUGCUUGGGUCAACUCUCCAAUGUCCACAGGACAGAAGCCAUUGAGAGAGCAAGGUUGCACAUAGGCAAAGGUGUGCAGUUGGAAUGUAAAGGUGAAGGUGAUGUUUGGGUCAGGUGCCUUAGCGACCACGCAGUCUUUGUACAGAGUUACUAUUUAGACAGAGAAGCCGGACGUGCACCUGGAGAUGCUGUUCAUAAGAUCUACCCAAGUGCGUAUAUAAAGGUCUUUGAUUUGCGUCAGUGUCAUCGUCAGAUGCAGCAGCAGGCGGCCACGGCACAAGCUGCAGCCGCCGCCCAGGCAGCAGCCGUGGCAGGAAACAUCCCUGGCCCGGGAUCAGUAGGUGGAAUAGCUCCAGCUAUCAAGUUAAACUCCUGACUAUAGACUUUUAUGAUGGAAACACGUGGCACCCAUCUUCCACGUCUGAAGGCAUAACUAGUGAUUCAUUCAACCCCUGUUCUUAACCUCUUCAGUGUGGUAAGCAAAUCACACUGGCUAAGAAAACUGCAGUGGCCCUGCAGGUUUCUCUACAGUACAUGCAAAUUCCUCCCAUUAGUUUCAUUGUAAUAUUGAUGAAUGCAGAUUAACUAUAUGACUUGUAUGUUCUGACUGGAAAACUAGAUGCAGAGUCUCCAUUGUGAAUUAUGUUCAGGAGUUUACAAUUUAGAGGUAGAUGAGACAUAUUCAUUUAGAGAUUUUGAUUUUUUUAAAUUUGGGCAUCUAAAACCAUUAAUUUCAUUGCUAGUUUUGAUGUUAUAAACAUGCUUUUACUAAAGAACCCAGAAGUAUUAUUGAAUUUCUCAUUCUCGUCUCCUGCCCCUUUGAGUAAUGUGAGCACACUGUCUCUGUCACACUGCAGAAUUGAGAGACAGACAUCAUCGGGUCAUGCAAGAAGUCAUAGUGGAACCAGGAGCAUUAACUGUCUCAUUGUUAGUCAUGUCUUACUCAGAACUAGGCUCUUUAGAUAGAUAGUAAGGGUCUUAGAACCAACCUGUGGACAUGCAUCACCUCUUAAAACCAGUUGUUUCUUGUCCCUUCACCUCCACUUCUAAAGAGAAAAAUAGGUGGGGUGUUUGUGGAUCGUGGUAAUUUACUUUAUAAUUGGUGGUAGCUAGAAGACACAUGUGGAACAUAAACUGCCUUAACCAAAAGUUUUCAGUCCCUGUUGAUGAAGUUUAGAUCUGCAGUCACUUCUUGGCGUUUUGGCAGAGAAGUUAUAUGCUGAGGAGAAUGAAGUAAAGAAAGAUGGUCACUUUGUUAACUUAAGAAUGUAGGGAAGAUGGGGAAGAGAUCAGCCCAGCUAUCUGAUGUCUUCUAAAUCUUUUCUGUUAGGUUUGUCUGCUGCUGCCGGAAUUGGUGUGGAUGACCUUCGUCGCUUGUGCAUACUCAGGAUGAGUUUUGUGAAAGGCUGGGGACCGGAUUACCCAAGGCAGAGCAUCAAGGAAACACCUUGCU